AUGUCUAAGCGGGGCUUCUAUAAUGACGCAUGUUUGCAUGACAUGCGCCUGAAUAUUUCAUUGACCCAGGAUGAGAUGUAUGAAGGUUUCUUGGAAGCUAACCCUAGUCCCUCUAGGACGGGAUUGAAAGCUGCAGAAGACCCUUGGAUUUUGGAAAAGCGCAAUCGGCAUCAUAAAGAACUUCUCAUGCUGCUUGGAUAUCCCCCAACCGUUCCCAAGUUGAUUCCGUCUGCCCCACACCCGAAGUGCAAGCGAAAUUGCUCGGGAGUGCAGACGGCCGCCACAGUCAACAGCACGUGUAACGAGAAAGAUUCCCGACCAAUACCCCCACUUGUGCGAACCUAG